CAUAAACAGCCUUUCUGUAUGAGAGGUAUCAACUCUGUUAGCGUGGAACAGCCAGGGGGUGUCCCGAGGCGCUUCGUUCGCAGGCGAGCUAAUAAUUUACUGCAGUUGGGCUUGGACUUCAAAGCUAUCGCAGCAGGGUGUGUUUGGGGCUCAGUGCUCAGACCCAGCCAUGAGCAUCAUCGGGGCUGAGGACGAGGACUUUGAGAAUGAUCUGAAUGAUGUGGUGGAGGACCAGUGCAAGUGUUUCAGCAGCAUUGAGCUUCUGAAGGAUCGACCGACCCACCUGCUGGUUUUUAUGCAACAUGUCAUCCUCCAGUUUGACCCUGCUCCACUGCUGUGUUACCUCCAUGCUGACCUCUUGAAGAACCUCAAUGCCAAAGAAACCAAGAAACAGUUUGUGGAGUUCUACAACACCUUCAUGGACAAAGGGGCAAUCCUCAGAGUUACACUGCCACCUGUGAUGGCCCUUGAACUUGACCGGACCCGCCCGGAUAUGCUGUCUGAAGACGUCCAAAGACGUUUUGCCUACGAGGUCCAGUUUAUGCAGGCCGUUGAAGUGGCCAAACAGCUGGAAGACUUCAGGCAGAAGAGGAUGAUGGGAAUGACACCCAACGAGGCUGAGCUGAUCGACGUGGAAAACCAUUAUCCCACCGACCGAAUCCCCAUGGAGAUGAAGGAGAAGUCUGUCGCCGAGAACCUGCUUGACAAAAUGUCUGAGACGCAACCCACUAUCGUCUCGGAUGAGGAAAAAUGCCAGUCCAUCUUCUCGGCGGUGGCCUACUACAUGAAGCACCUGGGGGUGAAGACCAGGGCGGUGGACAGUAAGAAGUCCCGUGGAGGCUUCUUCCGCAGACAGCUGGUCAAGAAUAAGAAGGAUGAGUCCACCAAGACCAAGCCCAGGGGGGGAUUUCCGGGCAUCCCCAGCUGGAUUGCAGGCACCCCUGAGAUCAAACCUAAAAUGGAAGCUGAAGCGGAGAAAGGCAGUCAGGAGCGUAAAGGUCCCGCACCCUCCCGAGGCUCCUUUGUCGACCCCGUGGCGCCCUCUCUCCCCAGCAGGAAGUCGGGGUCCAGCGGAGGCUCCACCCCCCUGCCGACAUUAGAGAUCACGGAUGGCUCAGGCGGCAACGCCAGCAUUAGCAACAGCCCCGAGUCCUUGCACUCUGAUGGUUUUUCUAGCAACCGUUUAGAGCCACCAAUCUUAUCCGACCGGGGCGACGUGUCCCCAGUUGGUCUUGGAGGCUCGCUGGCCACCGGGGAACCCUUCUCGACCAGUGACGUCCUCGCAGAGGAGACCCUGGAGAAAGACAGACGGAAGACAAGUAAGAAGGUAACGCGUAGCGAGAGCGCUCGCAUGGAUCGACACCCCUCUCGCCGUCGCGGUUCAUCCCGGGCCAAACAGUCCCGCUCUCGUAGUGACGUUGACCUGCAGCUGCCUUCCACCAUGUCAACCAUAGCGGCGGCGCUCAACCCACAUUCCAAUGAAGGACCCGUUCAAGUUCCAGAGGGCUCCGGCUCCUCCCCUGCCAGCCCCGCCCCUCAGCCCGAGGAGAUGGAGCCGCGCCUCUUGGAGUUUGAGCAGGACCCGCCCAACUGGAGGGAGCUGGCCUCCCAGGAAGCUCUGUCCAGCCUCAGCAAGAAGGAGACGAAGAGGCAGGAGGUCAUCAACGAGUUGUUUGCCACAGAGCAUGCCCACGUGCGCAUGCUAAGUGUCCUUCAGAUGAUCUUCUCUAAGCCUUUAGAGAGGGAGGAGCUGCUGACCGCCACAGAGCUGGCUGCCAUCUUCCCCAACCUGGAUGAGAUCAUUGAAAUGCACUAUCACUUCUACGAGAACCUGAAGAAACUGCGUCUGGAGGACAACUUUAUCGUCAAGUCCAUCAGCACCACAGUACUCAACAGAUUUGAGGGCACGGAAGGCGAGUGGUUCCAGAAACUGACGGCCCGCUUCUGCAGUCACCAGUCGUGGGCUCUGGACCAGAUCAAGAGCCGACAGAAGAAAGAGCCCCGCUUUAACUCUUUCAUCCAGGAGGCGGAGAGCAAGCCUCAGUGCCGGAGGCUUCAACUGAAGGACAUCAUUCCCUUUGAGAUGCAGAGGCUCACAAAGUAUCCACUGCUGCUGGAGAACAUUGCUAAAAACACAGAGGAUCCAAAUGAGAAGGAGCGAAUCCAUCAGAGUGCAGAAUGCUGCAGAAAGAUCCUCAACCAUGUCAACGAGGAGGUCAAAGUGAUGGAGAACCUCCUGAUUCUGAAGGACUACCAGCGUAGACUAGACACAUCAGGACUCAAGCCCAGUAAUGAGCUUUACACUGAAUAUAAGAACAUCGACCUGACACAGAAGAAGAUGCUGUAUGAAGGUCCUCUGACUUGGAAGGUUACCAAGGAGAAGGCUUUUGAGGUCCAGUGUGUCCUGCUGGGAGACCUGCUGGUUCUCCUGCAGAGGCAGGAUGACAAGAUGGUCCUCAAGUGUCAGAGCAAGAGCAACAUCGCGGUACAGGAGGGCAAGCAGAUGCUGAGUCCCAUCAUCAAGCUGGACUCUGUUUUCCUACGCGAGGUGGCCACAGAUCGAAAGGCCUUUUACGUGAUAUUCACCUGGGACAGCGGCGCUCAGAUCUAUGAGCUUGUCGCUCAGUCUGUUGGCGAGAGGAAAUUGUGGACUAAUGUGAUCAAGUCGGCAGUGGAUGAUCUGAAGAAGAGUGGAGCGCCCAUGAGGCUGACGCUGCCUCCUGGAAGCGGAGGGGCUCCAUUCAGUCACUCAGGGCUGACAGCUCCCCUGAGCCCCACAGAGAACGGAGGUUUGAAAAAUAGCGGCGAUCGAGAUAAGGACAGCUUGACAGAUGAGAAAUCGUCCGAUCCGAGGCACUCACUGAUCGACUUCCUGUCGGACAAAGGCUUUGACUUGCUGGGCCACUCCAACAGCGAUCAGGAGAAGGUGGCUGGCAACGCUCUGGAUGAAGUCACGGUGCUGAAAAGGCUGCUGGUCGGGAGCAUCAGUCUGUCGGAGGACUCUCAGCCAGAUGAUGAGAACGGAGAUGAGCCCAGUCUAGAAAUGGAUAGCUGUCAAUCAACAGAAGAAGGUCAGAUCACAGAGCAAGGCCUGGAGGAAGAGAAGGAAGGCGGCGGAGUGAAGGCAGACGAGGACAGUCUGACCUCAGAGAGCGCCCGGCUGGUGCUGUCCCACGAGAGGAUGGCGGAAGUGUGUCGGAGGCUCCUCAGUCUGGAGGAGCAAAUAAAGAGACUCCAGACCGUAGAAGAGGAACACCACAGGCUGCAGGAGGCCCUGUCCAAGUUCUCGCUGGAAGGCGGCAACUUUGCCUGAGACGCCAUCAUGCCACCUGCUGGCCACUUGGUGCUGGUUUGGAGUGCUUUCCAGGAACUUCCUCAAGCUCACCCGUCAAAAGAACACGCUGUAGAGGAAAAUCGUUUUUGCGGCCAGUGCAGUGGUUCACUGAUGGAACGUGGGAUGCGCGUGUGUGUGUGUGUGUGUGCGCGUGUGUUUGUGUGUGUGUGCGCGUAUGCUUGUUAGAGAAAGGAUUACAAAGAAGAAAAAAAGCGAGUGGGAUGUUGUUUUUUCUUGCAGAGAGGUGCCAAAAAAAAGCAAUACUCUGCAAGACAUGCUGCCUUCAUAAGAUGUAGUUGUUGUAAGACACAUGUGCACAACAUUAUUGCCAAAAAGUACAUGAAAAGUUUGCCUUGGGAAGCCAAUGUAAAACUAUUAACUUCCUGCUGUUAUUUCUAUGCCAAAGUACAACAGAAAUGCACUUUUUUUUGUUGUUAAAACACACACUUUUACUCUAUUCUUCAAUAGUUUUUGAGGGCUACCGUGCAUAUGUGUGUUACAAGGUUUUUUUUAAUUAUUGUAAUAAUGAGAUCACUUGGAAAACAUUUAUAAAUAGUUGCAGAAAAAAGCUGUUAAUAAUGGAGACUUAUUGUUUGUAUUUACUGUUAUUUAUUCCUAUUUUUGGGUUACCCCCCACCCCCCUCCAGUAUAGCGGCCUCCUGGAACACUGGGCCCCCAAUGAGAGAUGAAGGCUAACAUAGAACGUGACGCGAGCGACUGAGCAGCAGCAGAGAUGAUUGUGGUGAGAUUUAGAUUGUUAGAAUAAAUGUGGAACAUGUGAGAGUAGGUGAUUACCAAAUAAGGACAAACUCAAAAGACAUACAGAUACACUGGAGGGGACCCAGUGCUGCGCUAGUUGACAUGGGUGAUAAGAUCAUCUUAAAAGUGGCCUUAGAAACAGUUCACUAGUCCUUUAUUUUUACACAGCAAAUGCAUGUAUGACAAUAUAAUCUCUUAAACCAUGGCCGUGCAUGCAGGACCAAAACCUCAUUAAUUAAGCUUUGUUAUUAUUAUUGUUUUUAUUGUUGUUAUUGUUAGAUACGCCGUGCCUGCUCCUUCCUCCUCUGCAAACUACAACUACAAAAUGGCCAAAUUCGGGAUGAGUACUUGACUGGUCUAAACAAUACCGAUAUUAGUUGAUUAAUUGAGUGUUCAUUUUUCUCUGAAUGUUCAGAACUCCCGCUUCCACGUCUGUGUCAUUUAGGAGCAAACCCCACGUUCUGUUUUUCCGCAGCCAGCCAACUUUUGAGACUGAAUCAACAGCGCCUCCGCUGGUUGGAGCCACGUGGUGCACUCCCUGGCGCCAAUACACAAGUAAUCACACACUUCAUGAUUAUUAUGCCCAGUAAAAGUAGUAAAAACAACAAAAAAGCAAAAUCACCAUGCUUGUUUUGAUUAAAUGAACUUAUUUUAGUGGUAUACCAACAAUAAGUCCCUUCUAGACUAUCAGUAGUCAUCAGUAUGAAAUGAGUACAUUUUUGGUGCCACUAUUUGUGGCGGCCGCUUUGGGUGGUGGUCAAAAUGCGUUGUAAUAAAUGCUAGCAUACAUGUAAUACAGAUAUCCUCAAAGUUUUAUCAUCAAUAGACAAGUGAUCAGUGACUUUCGGACAAUUACACGGGCUGCCAAGUAACGCCCCUGUCGAUUUUGCUUGAAGGCGGCCAUGUUUUUCAACCAAUCUUGCUCAAAUUUUACACACACACACGUGUCCAGUGUUCCAAAUUUCGUGGCGAUUCGUCUCAACACCCUAACGUUACAGUAGGUGUUUUAUAGACAUCAUUCAAGUCAAUCCCACUUAGUGUGCCACCAUGUGGCGCCGUUGUCUGAAAAAUAGAUAAGACAGUAGGGGCUUUGACAAACGGUCACCCUUUUUGUGUGCUGCGGUCCAGGAGUGGAAAACAAUCACAGGCUACUAGCGGCUGUUUGAAGUCAAUUAUUACUGCAGCAAAAAUAUUUCCUAAAAAGAUACCACAAGUAAGACAGAAAUGUAGCUUUGCUCAUCUUUGGUAGAGAGCGUUUUCUUUGGUUGUACACAUAUUAUGUUAAACGAGUUGUAAUAAAAGUGGACUUGCGUGGUUUUCAUGCCUUUCAUUUGGUUUACUACCAGUCAAAGGUUCAGACCCGUGAAAUAACAUGAGAAAGUGCGCCUAAGCUUUUGAUCGCUACUACACUUUGCCGAAAUGGAACUUUUUGUCAUUGUUUUUCCCAAAAAAAACAAAUAUGUCCAGUGCUUUGAGGUGAUACGGGGAGAGAGACUGAGCAAGACUGAAUUUUACAAACAAGCUUUGGGAGUUCAAGUGCAAAAAACUCUGAAUGCUGUUCAGCUUUAUGAUCAGAACAUAUGCAAUACAUUUAAAGAAGAUGAUCUCGAUCCAAGAAAAGUAUUAGAGGUCCUACUCCGUCUCUCUGGUCCAGUUGUAUCCAUGAUGCAAAUGUACAGAACACGUGAUCAGACUGGUGCCUUGCUUUGCUCUGUGAAGCUGUUUUCUUCACAGUUAAACAUUCUAUAGGGGGCCGUCUGGUUGAUGAAAAAACAAGAUAUGCCUUCUAAUGUAACACACAAUGACUUCCAAGUGGCUUACAUUAGAAUUUAGUCAGCGGCUUCCUUGUAUUCUAUUUCAAAAAGAGACACCGCUCCUUGUCCUAUAGGCUUUCUGUAGCUAUCUACUAGCAAAUGAAUAUGCAAGCAAGAAAUAUAAUGUGUAUUUUGGGUUGUGAUUUUACUGAGGCUGAUCAAUGAUGUGUACUUAAGGGAAAAAAAAUGUGGUACGUUGUGUGUGUGUGUGUGUGUGUGGGUGUGUGUGUGUGUGUGUGUGUGUGUUUUUAGCUCUUUUU